GUUCCCACUUUGAGAGGCUCACAAAUAACUGGGCGAACUAACAUAGUGCAAAUCCGUUUCCUGCCAGGUCUUUACCUCAGCGCCCUCAGCUGUUGCUUCUUUGUGCAUCUUUAACAACACUGCAACCAUUGAGCAUGUCCUAUUUAGUUGUGUUGCUGCUUUGCUUCAGGCCGUUUUCAUUGUGAAGCUGCGCAGUAUCACUUCACUGCGUGUUUACUUUGCCGUAACACACCUUCGGGAUUUUCCACGCUGGAAUUUCAGACGCUUCAUUGUGUUAUUAAAGCAGUUUGGUUCAGUUUCAAAGGGCGAAUAACAUCUUGUACAAAGUUUCACAUCCGUUUAAUCAGUGUCGUAAGUUCUCACGCUGCACGGGCACGUCUGUUAGGUAGGAAUGAUGUCGUCACGGAUGCUCCGGUGACCGAAUAAGGAAGCUGACACCCGAAAGAUUAGUUUCAGAGUAGUUUUUAAUUUGAAGCAGGCGAAGGCUGCCGUGUGUUUGUCCUCGCGUGGGGAAAGUCACCGCCGCCUCUGACAUCAGUGUGAUGUAGUUGCUGCUGUAGUUUCUUGAGGAAAGAGAAAAGAGGAAGCAGUUCCGCCCAGAAGCUGACUGGAGGCCGACGAGAAAAGAGGCGAAAAAAGAAAAGAAAAGGCGACGGCGAUCUGCUACAGUCCCGCUGUAAGGCCCAACUCAAAGCAGACCCGUCGGUGCGUGUUAUUGUGCUGCGUGGACAGUGGGACUCCGUCAGGACUUUGCUUUACAGGUGUGGCCCCGAGUCCGUCGUUCGCACACCAAACUUCAGUUUUGAAAACCGUCCAUGUUGGUGUCUCCUUACAGUUAGCAGGCUUGCUGCGAGACCGGGAUUUAACGCGCCCUGAGGUCCUGUUGUGAGCUCGGAGAGGUUCUGGUCCGGACUGAAAAUGAGUGGAGACGAGGAAAGAUUCAAACUGGUCGUUGUGGGGGGAGGAGGAGUGGGAAAGAGCGCCCUUACCAUCCAGUUCAUCCAGUCGUACUUUGUGUCCGACUACGACCCCACCAUUGAAGACUCCUACACCAAGAUCUGUACCGUGGAUGGAAAGGAGACCCGGCUUGACAUCUUGGAUACAGCAGGUCAGGAGGAGUUUGGUGCGAUGAGGGAGCAGUACAUGCGGUCUGGAGAAGGCUUUUUACUGGUGUUUGCACUCAAUGACCGUGGCAGCUAUCAUGAAGUCCAGAAGUUCCACACCCAGAUCCUGAGAGUGAAAGACAGAGAUGAUUUUCCCAUGGUGCUGGUUGGAAACAAGGCAGACCUGGAACAGCAAAGAGUGAUACCCAAGGAGGACGCACAGGCGUUUGCCAGAGAGAACAGGAUCCACUACAUGGAGGCCUCGGCGAAGAAUCGCUUCAAUGUUGAUGAAGCCUUCUUGGAGCUUGUGCAUAUUAUUAGACAGUUUCAGGAGAUGGAGAGCCCUCCUCCAACUCAUCACACAGGGAAGGAGAAAAGUCGUGGCUGUCCCUGUGUCAUCCUUUAAGCACUAUUAUUACGAAUACCAAAGCCUCAUUCCUCUGCAGAAAGGUGUUUUUGUGUGUACAUAUGAGUGUGUAUGUGCGCAAGAGAGAAGGUGGAUCAGUUUCUUUCCAGAUGAUUACAUUUGCACUUUUGUUAAAAGCAACAUUUAAUUUGGUUUAAUUUUAAGUAGAGAACUGAAAGGAAGAGGUGUGAGCAGCAGCAGGGCGGCACUUGUGACGCAGAUUAAUAAUAACGUUACAACACAAAUCAUAAUUUGUGUCCACAAAUAGAAAUAUCACCAAAAAAUGUAGUAUAUAAUUCACUCUUCAGUGAUGCUAUUUUAAACAAAUCCAGAUACCAGCAUCUGCAACACCACGGCAUCCAUAACUGUCUGAAGAAAUGACAUUAAAUGUGAUAUGUGCAAAAAUUAGCAUGUCAUAAAUGGACAAAUGCUGAUUUUCCCCUUGGCAUGGCUUCGUAUGUUAAGUCGUAAGGGCCAAAGCAAUGCCAUUUUCCAUGCCCUCCUGCAAGGGGCAGGAGAGCUCCAAAGAAGUAUUAUUAUUCAAGACAAAAAGAAGAAUCAUAGCAGAAGCUGGAGUCAGUCUCAAAAGACGAACAAUAUUGAAUACAUCCAUGAAUAACAUGUCAUUUAAGAUCCUGAUCAAAUGACAGUAUUGGCCAUGUGUUGUGCGAUGGCUGCAUCGUUGCAUCGUGGUACUCUAUACUAUGUAUUUGGGGGGUUUUGUACUUUUUCUUUGUAUUUCUCUACUUUAUCAUCGUAAUUGUGAAAAUGCAGUAUAAGCGUUUUGAGUGCUCCAGUGUAGUAGAAAGUGCUACAGAAGAACCUGUCCAUAUACUGGAAGGGUGUGGUCACAACUUCGUGGGUCUCCAGGUGGCAAGAAGCGUCCUAAGAACAAUUAAGAUACUGAACAGAACCCGAAAAUAUAUUGAAUUAAGUCACUUUUAUAAACUAUUAAAACAUUUAUCUGAACUUUA